AUGGUGCAAGUGCGGAGAAAGCCAAGCUUCCUGCAAACGUCAUCAUCUUCUGAUCGCAGCAAUUGUGACAUCCCGCAAACGGCAAUGACUGUAAAAAUAUUCUUGACUGGCGCGUCAGGCUAUAUCGGAGGGACAGCACUAGAUUAUCUUCACAAGGCGCACCCAGAGUAUCAUUGCACUCUUUUGGUACGUACUAAACAGCACGGGGAGGUGCUGAAAGAGAAAUAUCCGUCCGCAGAGUUGCUGUAUGGUACCCUGGAAGACUCUGAUCGCGUCCGGGAUGCUGCCAAGGACGCCGAUGUAGUCGUUGACACCGCCGAUUCGUCAGACAACGUUCCUGGUGCUGUUGCAAUAGCCAAGGGCCUUGAAGAGGGACAUUCAGCAGCGAAUCCUGGAUACUGGAUUCACCUAUCGGGCACAGGUAUUCUUAUGUGGUAUGAUAUUGCCAACGGCAGAGGGGGUGAUGCACCUGCUGCUGACCAGAUAUACCAUGAUGUGGAAGGCGUUGAGAAGCUAUUCAACUUGCCAGAGGAUGCUUUGCAUAGAAACGUCGACAUGCUUGUUCAAGAUGCCAUGAGCGACUCGGUGAGAGCUAUGAUUCUCUCCCCGCCUACGAUUUACGAUACGGGAUCCGGGGCAAUCAACAAGCGCAGUAUUCAAAUACCAGAUAUGGUUCGGGCGACGCUUCGAAAUGGCUACGCCCCCAUCGUCGGCAAGGGUCUGACGGAGUGGGACAAUAUCAACGUGAAUGAUCUCGGGGCUUUGUACGUCAAGUUGGUCGAGGCAACACAGGACCCGUCCAAAAACAGCAAUCCAGAUAUUUUUGGCCGUCGAGCCUACUUCCUUGUCGAGAACGGCACGCAUCUGUGGGCGGAUGUAGCGAAGUGGAUUGCUGAUGAAUGCCACCGACAGGGAUACCUGGCGGAGAGCCGAACCAAGGUGAUCAGCCAGGAAGAGGCGGGUCAGCUUGAAGGAAUAGCUACCGCGUCGUUUGGGCUCAACUCUCGGGGAGUAGCAGCUCGUGCGAAGCAAUUCCUGGGUUGGCAGCCAACUGGCCGGGCAUUGAAAGAUACCAUCCCAGAAGCGGUUGAGGAGGAAGCCAGAGGCCUAGGUUUAACCCCCCAGUACAAGCACGAGUAGGCAAAGCUAGACUGAUAGCAAAUUUGAUGCAAUUUCGUAACCAUCCUA